CUCCGUCCGUCCCAUCAUGCUAUUACUGCCUUGCCUGCACUGCGCCUUAUAGCCCCGGGACAUAUAAUUCUUGCUCUGAUUAGGUAGUCGCCUUCAUUCAUACCUAGGUGAGCAAGUACCCCCGAAAACUCAAAAACAGUCCUACCAUCCUUUUUACCUUCCUCUUUCUCUUCCCUCAUCAAACCUCAAACUUUACCCCAUACUCGGGAAAUCAUCCCCACAACAAAGGCCAUCAUAGAGAGCCAACUUUUUGCGACUCAAUCCUAAUUCACAUAGAAUUUCCUAAUACUUUGUCUGAUCAGACCUGGAAUCUGAACUACAACAGCAACUCGAAGCACGAACCGCCGCUACUCCACCAUUUACUUCCCAAAUCCUCAUCGCGACAACGUCGAACGUUGCGCCGCAUACGAGAAACCCACCGAGAAUCGAUAACGAGCUUGACAAAGUGCCGAAAAUCAAUCAUCGAGCCUCCUAUCGAGAGAGACAUCUUCCAGCGCAUUCAAGGCGCCUGCUUGGGACGGCAGUGCAUUCAGUGUAGAGAAGGACACUGCGAAUAGCUCCCGCGCAAAGCUGUAAUAAAGACGGAACUCGAAGUGGAACGUUUCUACUGCACGGGCCAAAAAAGGGAAGAAAGAGAAACCAUACAAAAUGGCCGCCGUUCAAUCGAUAUUAGCGGAAACCCUUCCUGGACCGACGCCCUCAAUUGCCUUAAAUGGCGCCACCGAACCAACCACUAUGCAGAUCGACCGGUCGAGUUCGAGUCCAGUAAUGGUCAACGAGAGCACGUUUGGAAGCACACCGGCAAAGGGAGACUCUAGAAUCGUCGUCAUUGUGCAUGGACCAGGCCAAGAACACAUCGUCUCGGUCUUCGCAGAGGUGCUGGGUACACCGUGCAGAACACGGAAUGGGUUCGACGAGGUCUCGUCUGAGGAUUCUGGUUUCGUCGUAGGAGUUGCAGCAAACGAAGCGAAGUCAGACGUUGCUGCACGCAAUCGCAAUCUCGUUGUUGCAAUAAAUACUCACUGUGUGAAUCUAGGGAUGCCUCCUGACACCCAACUUUCCACCCAUUGCGACUACGAAUUCCUCUAUACCGAAUCCCCGUUCUUCCGUCGCGACCUGGCUAGAUUUAUCUCAUUUACUUUGGGUCAGAUUAACUACCAUGAAGCUCUCAUGGCAAAGCCGAGAACCUAUUUCAUCUCCACCACCUUCCCGGAUGUUCACGCCGCUCUGCCUAAUAUCGAUAUCCUAACUGUUGGCGCUGAUGCGGUUGAGAUCAGAGUUGAUUUACUCAGAGAACCAGUUGGCGAUGGCAACUAUUCGGAAGUCCCCAGCCUCAGCUAUGUUGGAGAACAGGUUAUGCUCCUCCGCCAGCGGACAGAGCUUCCCAUUAUCUUCACAACACGGUGUGUAAGAGAGAAUGGAAGGUUCCCCAUGGACAAACCCGAGCUGUACUACGAAUACCUCUACCGUGCGAUUCAGUGGGGUGUAGAAUACAUUGAUGUAGAACUUUGGCUUCCAGAAGAGAUCCGCAAGAAGCUCCAUGAGCAGCGGGGAAACUCUCGCAUCAUGUCGGCGUUCCACGACUUUUCAGGCAAUUUCAGAUGGCCGUCGACGUAUGCUCAGGAGGUGUUCCAAAGAUCUAUCCCCUACGCCGAUAUCAUCAAGAUGAUUGCUAUAAUCAACGAACACAACGAGAACUUCGAGCUAGAGUAUUUCCGUUCCAAGAUGCGUGCCGAGUACCCCAAUGCACCACCCUUCUCCGCCGUCAACAUGGGCGAAGUUGGUCAGUUCUCAAGGACUCUGAACCCCGUCUUCACACCUAUCACCCACCCACUUCUUCCUCUCAUCGCUGCUCCCGGGCAAUUGAGCGCUGCCGAGAUCAAUGCUGCUUUAUCACUUCUGGGUCAACUACCACGAAAGCGCAUCUAUGGCAUCAACAGCUCGUCGUCUCGAAACGCCACACCGCAGGCUCCCUUUUAUGAAAAGUGUAUAAACGAACUGGGUCUUCCACAUCAAUUUGCAGUUGUCGAAAGGCAUCCAAACAACCCAAGGAGUUUGGAGACAUGGUGUAAUCAGAAACAUUUCGGAGGCGCUUAUCUCAAUCCGGGUCUACCACAUAAUGCAUUGACAAAGGUUAGCCCAUUCUUCGCUGGGUUGAACGGUGGCAAUGGGCCAAUCUUGACGGAGGCGGCUCGCGUUAUCGGAGUUGUCGACACCAUCGUGGUCCAGUCAGGCACCUCAUCCAGAUCGUCGUCUCCGGGCUCAAUGCCAUCGAGCCCACGACAACGACAGAACGACUCGGUUGAUCUCGGCAGCCAGUCUGGUUUAGGCUCGUCGACCUCCCUUGUAUUCGACAAUGCUGGAUGGAAGGGUAUUCUCAGCACACUUACAAGAGACCUGGCGCCAUCCGCGUACUUCGGCCGCUCGGCCGUUGUCAUGGCAUCUUCUUCAGAUGAUGCAGCCCCUGUAUUCUUCGCCAUGAGAGCUCUCAAGAUCUCCAAGAUCUAUACUGUUGGCUUCCGCACACCUAGUAAUCUUGCUCGAAAUGCGCCUCCCAUCGAGCCGUUUAUCAGCCUCGAAAGUCUGCAACGUGCACGCUCAGUAGAAGACGAUAGUGCGCCUUUUGUCAUCGUGUCAGCUCUUAGUUCGGAAAAGAGUCAUCUAGUUGGUAUGUUGCUACGAGCCUUUGGAGGAGUCGGACCCAAGGGAGCAACCAACACGAAGAAGGUGUUUCUUGACCUGGCAGACGGCGCUGUCAGGAAGAGUUCUGACCCAGGGCUCAUCGCUGAGAAAAACGGAUUCGCUGCCUAUGGAGCGGACGAUGUCGCAGCAUUUACAACGGUCGAAAGCUUGAGGUUACUCGUUGGGCAAAAUGUGCCCUAUAGCUUUGUUAGACUGGCAAGCGGAAGUCAUCGCUACGGCGUUUGAAAGGAGUCGGGCAAGACUUGCGAAAAAGAUCACGUCAAUCACCGACGACAGGCAGCCCGCGUGUUCGCCAUAAAGGAGAACAGUGGCCAUACCUGCUAGGUUCAUCUGUUAUCGGGGUCAAUCGACUCUGGGACAUUGGAGACAGAAUAGGGUGGAUGUCCGAAGCGCCGCAGGCUAGGCGCUUGAAGCCAGAAGAUAUCCACGAGGCUUCCGCUACAAAGGGCCCAGCCGGGUAACAAACAAGGAACUGUCCCCGUUAUAUGCGCGCCCAAGGUUCCUGACGCCACGCGCCGACUGCCAUCGAGACCGCUUGGGAGCUCUACUUUGACUGUCUGCCAGCGAAGAGAUUCUUGGCCACAUUAGACUUAUCGCAGUCUGGCUUCCAGCCAUAGGAUUGGGUGUUCGAGAUGAGGCGCUCUAGGCGGCUGUCAUGCGUGAGAGGGGGUCGCACAGUUGCAUCUUGGAUGGAUGCCGAUCUGGUGUGCAGACGACCCCUGCUAAACACGUACAGGGGACCCUAUAGAGUGGGCUCUUAUUGUAACGGCGGCGGCGUGAACCGUCACCACCAAUCCUAGGACCGCCGACCUCCACAGAUAUGAGCGCGGAGGUUCAACUUUUUUCGUUAUGAACCUUCCCGAUCUGUUACAUUUAUCUAUUCUUUUUUAACUACCUACCCAUGGGCUACAACAAUCUAAGUAUAGACCUGCCCAUGCAAGAUUGACUACGAUAUGAUGAUACGGGAUGUAUACGAGAACCAGUGGGUUGGAAAUCACCUAUAUGUCAGUCAAGUAUUACAUAGACGCUUCUGGCAAAUACCACCGAAGCUCAAGAUGACGAGAUUUGAAAACACUUUGCUCCAC